UCAUCACCACCAUUAACCCAACUAAUCAACAAUGUUCAAUCUCACUAGCACAGUCGCUCGUCCAGCUGCACGUUCAGCUUUGCGUGUCAAUGCAGUCUCUUCAUUCAAAGUGAACGCUCCACGCACAGUCACAACCUUAUCCAAAGUAGCAUACACUGCAAAAGGUCAAGCAGCCGGUCAAGGUAGAAACGGUAAAGCCCAUCUGACUGAAGAAGGUCCUUUCGAAGUCAAACUAGCAAUGCCAAAAUCACUUGGCGGUAAAGGUGACGGUCAAAACCCAGAACAAUUAUUCGCUUUAGGUUAUGCUUCUUGCUUCUUGUCUGCUUUGAACUUGUCUGCAGGUAAUCACAAAAUUCCUUUGCCUGCAAACGUGAAGGUGGACGCAGAAGUUGACAUUGGACCUCCAGCAUCUGGACCUAAUCCUUUUGGUAUUGCUGUUCGUUUGAUCGUCAGCAGUGACGCAAAGGGCGGAGAAGAAAAGAAGAAUCUGGAGAAAGCUACCGAGAAGGCACAUGAGAUUUGCCCAUACUCCAAUGCAACCCGUGGUAACGUCCCUGUGGACGUCAAGGUGCAAUAAAUAAUGGACCAAAUAUGGAAAGUGAACAAUAAAGAACAGGGC